GAGCAGAUGCCGCUGGCUGCGAGCGGGACCCGGGUGCUAGCAGAGCGCAGCCGCGAGGGAGGCGCGGGGGAGGCGAGCCGGAGCCGGAGCCGGAGCCGGAGCGGCAGCCAGUGUUGGCUGAGAGCACCCAGGCGCAGCCGGAGUCGGAGCCGCAGCCGCGAUGGCCGUGGCCGUGGGGAGACCGUCUAAUGAAGAGCUUCGGAACUUGUCCCUUUCUGGACAUGUUGGAUUUGACAGUCUCCCGGACCAGCUGGUCAAUAAGUCUACUUCUCAAGGAUUCUGUUUCAACAUCCUGUGUGUUGGUGAGACGGGCAUUGGCAAAUCCACGUUAAUGGACACUUUAUUCAACACCAAAUUUGAAAGUGACCCAGCUACUCACAAUGAACCAGGUGUCCGGUUAAAAGCCAGAAGUUACGAGCUUCAGGAAAGCAACGUACGGCUGAAGUUAACCAUUGUUGACACCGUGGGAUUUGGAGACCAGAUAAAUAAAGAUGACAGCUAUAAGCCAAUAGUGGAAUAUAUUGAUGCCCAGUUUGAGGCCUACCUGCAAGAGGAAUUGAAGAUCAAACGUUCUCUCUUCAACUACCACGACACCAGGAUCCACGCAUGCCUCUACUUCAUUGCCCCCACCGGCCAUUCCCUGAAGUCUCUGGAUCUAGUCACCAUGAAAAAGCUGGACAGCAAGGUGAAUAUCAUUCCAAUAAUUGCAAAAGCUGACACCAUUGCCAAAAAUGAACUGCACAAAUUCAAGAGUAAGAUCAUGAGUGAACUGGUCAGCAAUGGAGUCCAGAUAUAUCAGUUCCCCACAGAUGAAGAAACGGUGGCGGAGAUUAAUGCAACAAUGAGCGUCCAUCUCCCAUUUGCAGUGGUCGGCAGCACCGAAGAAGUGAAGAUCGGCAACAAGAUGGCCAAGGCCAGGCAGUACCCCUGGGGUGUGGUGCAGGUUGAGAAUGAAAACCAUUGUGAUUUCGUGAAACUUCGGGAGAUGCUGAUCCGUGUGAACAUGGAAGAUUUGCGAGAGCAGACUCACACCCGCCAUUAUGAAUUGUAUCGGCGCUGUAAGCUCGAGGAGAUGGGUUUCAAGGACACUGACCCUGACAGCAAGCCUUUCAGUCUUCAGGAGACUUACGAAGCGAAAAGAAAUGAAUUUCUGGGAGAACUUCAGAAGAAAGAAGAAGAAAUGAGGCAAAUGUUUGUGAUGAGAGUGAAGGAGAAAGAAGCUGAACUUAAAGAGGCAGAGAAAGAGCUCCAUGAGAAGUUUGACCUCCUGAAGCGGACACACCAAGAAGAGAAGAAGAAAGUGGAAGACAAGAAGAAGGAGCUGGAGGAGGAAGUGAACAGUUUCCAGAAGAAGAAAGCAGCCGCUCAGCUACUACAGUCCCAGGCACAGCAGUCUGGGGCCCAGCAAACCAAGAAAGACAAGGAUAAGAAAAACUGACCAUCCGCCUCUUGAGAGAGAGAAGUGGGCAUCCUUCCUUUAAAUUCAGGAACCAUUGUUGUUUUAUUUAACUCUUUUUCUGUGACCUGCAUCCCUUAUAUAAGUUGUUUUGGGUUUGGGAUUCUGUUUGGGGGAAAAAAAUUUUUUUCCAGUUAGCCAGUUCUGUUUUAUGUAUUGGUUAUUCAAACUUAGUUUGGUAUCAAAACUAUGCCAGUUUUAAGUUCAAGAGGAAAUUUAAGUGAAGUUUUAGUCACAGAAUUCUGUUUAAGAAUCUCUCCUCAUCUCAGAUACAACCAAAAAAAAAUCCCUCUGCUGUCACUGGGGUUUUGACCUAUAAGUCUUAAUCAUGUUUAAAAUGUGUCAGUGUUGGGUAGAGGACUUUUCUGCCUCUAGGACUGAAUUUAUACUUAAAGGUACCUUAAAAAUAACUUUCUGGCCCAUCCCUGCCUUUUUAUUUAUUGGGAAGCUGUGCUUUACCUUGUUUCCAGAGUUUUUGUAUCCCGGACCAUGGGAACAGACCCAAGGGAAGUAUAUAACCUGUCCCAGACAAUAGCAUCAUUACAAUGGUUCUGCUCCACAUUGUCUUCUCAGUUACCCGUGUGGCUUUCUCUACCAUGUCUGUGAAAAAUAAAUUUGCUGGAAUUCACUUAAAAUACACCCAAUGUACAAACACACACACUUCUGGCAGUUGAGGCUGUGAUUUUUAAUGUUGACCCAUUUGUGAGGGACUGGAUCAACGCAGGGCUAUUGUUAACUUUAUUAGCAGUCACCUCUUAGGGGCAGUUUUCAUAAUCAAGGGAUGACUUUCAUUCAAAUUCAGUUCUAUUUUAGAGCAUGAACAUGCAUUUUAAGUUACCUUAUAAUUUCAUUACUUGUUGAUAGUCUUUGCUUCUUUCCAUCAUUUUUCAACCUCAUAUUAGGAAGACCCUAAAAUUACUCUUGGUGGCAUGGGUUGUGUUCGGUA